CUCAACCAAGCUGCUCUCGGUAUGAAUGAUUGUUUAUGUCUGUCCAUAUGUAAACUUGGCGCUAAAAGUUAGAUGUAACCUGUCCUUAAGUUAUAUAUUCAUGUCCGUUAGUUUCACCAAUAAAUCUUUUACAUGGUUGAUUUUUGGAUUGAAUUCUGUCUUGAAGAUUUGGAUUGAAUUCUGUCUUGGAUUGAAUUCUGAUUGUUGAAUUCUGUCUUGUUCCUUCUUGAUCUAGCGACUCAAUUGAAUUCCUCUGUAAACCAAUAACGUCUUGACAUCGAUUUUGUACUCUUCUGAUAUUUUUUUAGGUAGUGCGGUAAACCAGCCCAAAUUGGUGCCGCGUAUUCCAGAAUGGGCCUUAUCUUUGUGCAGUAGGUUGUGAGUUCUAUAUUUGUCAUUUACUUGCCCUCAUAACGAUAUCUUGGACAUGUUAUUUCCAUUUAAGAUUAUUCUGCAUGCAUGGUACUGUAACUCCAAGGAGCUUGAAUUUUGUAACUCUUUCGAUCGUUUCAUUGUACUAAUGUUUGGAGGAGGCAACAACUCCAUUUUGUUUUGAAUGGCCCACUCCUUCAGGGAAUUUACUGCUUCCUGCACUUUGCUGUUUUGAUAGAGACAGGUUCGUAUUGGCUACAAUCGUCAGCAUACUUGCACGUGACUGUUGAAAGUUCAUUUGGAACACAAUUUCCAUGUCAUUGAAUAUAAAUCUCUGUCUCUCGCAGAUAGACUUUAAAGUUUCUUUAUCCAACAGAAUCUAAGGCCAUGUUGCAGCUGGAAUUUUCUCGCUUCUGCUAGUAACUUCUGCACACCGUGUGUUAUGUGCUCAAAGAUCUUAGCUUCUGGCAUUGGGUCUUGAACUUGGCAACUUGCAGUCCUAUAUCAGCGGGUGUAACUUAAUUUACGUAUGUUUUUAAGAGCUUUAAUAAUAAUUUCUUCUUUCACGACCCUUAUAACAAACUUACAGAUAAUCGGCCGUGACGUGGGCCUUGCACCUCUUGAAGGGACACGAUGUGCGAUAUCGAUGUCAUCCCGCGUAAGUUCGACUCCCAAUUUCUGAAAGAGCUUGAGGCACAAACUCGUUGCUUCAAAAGCAGAUUUGCUUGAAUUUCAUUUCGUUGUAGUUUACUGUGUAGCCAAUCAAAAUCGUUGGAAAGAACAUUAUUAAUUAAUUUGUUCUUUAUUAAUUUAUUCAUUUUGCUAUGCGCCUCAUCGGCUAUCAGCUCAUAUUCGACUCGAGUUCGUAGAAUAACUGUUAAAUAUCGCUAUCGUUUGUUUAAAAAUUAUUUUCAAAAAGUUUUUGAUAGAAAGAUUUAAACACGAUAAUCAACUACGGUUGUUCAGGCGACUUGGACGAAUUGUGAAAAACUGAUAAAACUAAAUGUACGUUGGAAUUUAUUCAAUUGUGCCAGAGCUUUGAUUUAACCCUGCGUUUGCGAAAGUAGAGAGCUCAAAAGCAGAAAAAAGGAAGCAAUCAACCAAGAAAUACGAACGAAAACCUUGCAUAGAGCCUUAAUUCAAUUAAAGAGAGGAAGUGACAUUGUCGUAACUAAACCAGACAAAGGAACAGGUGUCUUGGUGAUAAACAAAUCCCAAUAUAAGGAGUUAUUGAAUAAGGCGUCCACAAACAGAAGAGAAAUUUCAAAGUGUCAGUCUAGAACGACCAAAGUCAAAAAGCAGACCGGCGAAACACUACCAUUCAUUGCUUCAGAAAGAUAAAGAGAAAGCGCCUUGCGAAACAUCUUGCCAAAAUAAAUCGCGGAUUCCAUAUCUCCGAAAGGUUCGCCUCUUGCGCAUCUUUUUGGCCUCUGGAAGACCCAUAAGCAAGAAUCGGCAAUGAGCCCCAAUUUUAGUUUAGUUGGAAAUUUCCCCCAAUAUUUUUUAACGUUAUUCAGCGUCUGGUUUCAUUAUCUUUGUUUAACAGGGAGACGGACUUACAAUUCUUCAAGGUGGAGGGGAAUAUUGGUGGCUUGCUAAUGACAAAUAUGGGUAAACAUAGAAAUAACUUUUUCUCAUCAUCGCAAGACAGAUGUAAUGUUUAACUACUUGUUCUGCGUGCAUUUUACCAACUAAUAAAUUUGUAUUAAUAUUUGUAAUAACCGUACUGUACAUGUGCUUUAAACGACUUGUUCGCAACGACAGCAGACACAUUCCAAUGCACAGUUGUACAAAUAGUGCAGUAUAUGCACAGCGUAAACAGGACGCGAAAAUAAAAAUGUUUUGUGAUUGGCUUGCUUAAAUAAAAGUGCUCAGUGUUUGUGACUAGUUCUUUAGAAAAUGUAUUCUUUAGUUUUAUUGUUUUAGUGGAUCAACAAUAAAAGUUCUAUUGGUGGUUUCAAAAGCACCAUGUUGUAAUGCUUAUAGAAUAAUUAUCUCAGAGGGCAAAAGAGCGGCCAAUACGAAAUUUAAAAUAGUAUUCCUUGUACUUUUAUAGGAGGACAGGUUAUAUCCCAGGAAAUCAUGUGCGUCACAAAGGUGUCUUAGGAACGAAAGUGUAAGUUUUUGGCUUUAGUAUUUCUUCUUCUAUAAAUAUGUACAGUACAUAUAUUUGAUGUGAAAAUAUUCUAUGUGCGCGUUGCCCUUGCAUAUUUUGUAUUUUCAGUUGGUUUCUUGGUGAUAUCUUGAGACAUGUCGCUGAAGAGAUGUUGCUAAAGGAGGUAAUACCCCGCGUUUUUUCAAACGUUAUAUCAAACUUGAUCGCACGGAAUCCAGGGCCGUAUCAACCGGGGGCGUUAGGGUGUGUGUGA